UCAGUGUAGCAGCUCACACAGAUCGAUCACCAUGGGUCGUCUAUGUGAAAGAUGCGCUCAGCUGAUUCAAGACUUUGUCAACUUUGUCAGGAGGCUGUCAUCCAGGAUAGUGGAGCACAUCAAGGAGUGCAUGGCCAUGCUGAGCGAAUGCUGCUGCCUCAACUCCAAGGGAUCCAAAGUCAGGCAGCUGUACGAGCCUGUAUUGCAGAGUCAUGAGAAGCAGGCAGCCCAGGAAUUCCUCAAUCACAUGGAGACAGGUUUAAACGAGUCCCCAGUAGGAAAAGAGACUUUGGAUGCCUUGAUGAUCUUGGCCUUCUCAGAAAAUGCUGAUCUACAACAUUCUGCUGCCCUUUACUACUUGCAUAUGAGCCAGCAUAUGAAUACACAGCUGCCAGCAGAGUUCUUGGAGCCAUAUCAGCCUUUGCUACAGUCUGGUGACCUGGAGGUUCAACAGAUGUCUUCCUUGUCUCUUGUGAAUUUUCUUCUUGAAGGAAACUUGAAUAAGGAGCUUGUUGUCCAGGUGGGAUUGCUUGAGCCAAUACUUGAGCUGCUGGAGUCAGGGGAUUCCGCUGUACAGUGUAACUCCUGCGCAUGCAUCAUGACUUUGGCCAUCUCUGAAUCAAACCGGGAGGCCAUUGGUAUUGCUGGAGGGAUCCUUCCUCUUCUCACAUUGGCAAAAUCUUAUGAUCCCAGAGUCCAGCAGAACGCUGUUGGGGCUAUUCUGAACUUGACUCGAUCAGAGCGCAUAAAAAGCAUCUUGUGCCAGGAAGGAGCUUUGCCAGUCCUAACUCUGCUUCUGCAGUCAGCUGAUUCAGAAAUUCAGUACUACAGUUGUGCCUCCUUGGGUAACAUUGCCGCUAAUCCAGAGCAUCAUAAAGCCAUGCUAGCCAUUGGUGAUAAAUUCCUACUCCGUAUGCUGGUCUCUCUGAUGUCUUCCUCUGUGCAGAAGGUCUCAAGUCAGGCGUGUCUUUGUUUAAAUAACCUAGCUUCAAGUGGGCAAGUUCGGACUCACCUCCUUGCUAUGGACAUUAUGCCUCUCGUCCUUUGUUUGCUUAAUUCUAGCAGUAGAGAUGUUCGACAAGCUUCUAUUACACUCCUCUGCACCAUGUCCCACCCUCCUGGAAAUAUGGAUGCCUUGCUAUGUGAAGACAUGCUUCAGCAUUUAGCCAUGUUGCUGCAAACAGAGCGGGCAAACCCUGUGGUUGUAAUCCAUGCUGCUUGCACCAUCCAGAAUCUGAGCCAAGCAGAGAACAUUGAGGUCAUUGUACAAAGUCGGUGCUUUGAGGAAUUACUACUGGCCCUUCUGGAUCCUAAUAAUGAAGAGGAAUCUCUGCAGUAUUUAGCAUCAUGCAUUGCUGAAGUGGCUAAAUAUGACUAUGCACGGGAGCAUUUGAUUAAGAAAAAGGAUAAAGCUUUCCUUAAGUGUUUGGUGAGACUGUCUGGAUACUUAGAACACAAAGAACUCUCCUUCCAAGCUGCCACAGUUAUCAAACAUCUGUCUCAUUCUGGGAGAAUCGCUACAUACCUCAAACCUUUCAUGAAGGACGUCCAGGCCUACCUCAUGAGUUUCCUCAGUCACCCAGAGCUUAAGUUUCAGCAGAUGGGAAUUGCCACCCUGUGCUUGUUAAGUGAAGAUCCAGAGUUUUCAAUGGCAAUCAAUCAAAGUCCACUGAAGGAACAGCUUGAGCAAGUGCAACAGCAGACAGAGGAGACUCAGGCGUUGCUCCGACUGGCCAUCAGUCACACGGGCAGUUUAAGCUUGAAUGAGUGAUUGGUCUACCCACCGUUUAAAAUGUUUACAUGGUCUUGGCUUGUGGGGCAGACACAUUAACCCCCACUGACUGUUUUAUGUAGUGUUUUAAUUUCCCGGCAAGGAAGAUAUUUUGUAAUGUGGUCCUUGAUUCUGCUGUUGUCAGUGCAUCCACCCAAUAAAAGGCAUUGACAUCAUACUUGCAGAAGUCAAACCCUGAUCCUUUGUGGACAGCAUCUUCCAUAUACAUCACAUUUCUUUCUUCUUAUUUAUUAUACCUGUAUGUGUUUACUGAAGCAUACCUUUAUAGAUCUAGAUUUUCUAUGUUACUUUUAUGUUUUAUACCAGUUUUAUUACUUUAAAAUUGUUGCUAAUGUAAUGUAAGAAUAUGUAUUGGUUUGGCCCUAAUGUGCUUUGGUGGACAUAUAAAAAUACGUGAUU